ACACAUGAUCGAACUACUUCCAUUGAGUUAGUACACAUUCAACCGUACACCCCAACAUAACACACAAAGUCUCGGCACACCAGUCUUUCUUUUAUUGGUGUACGGUUCUUCCACUUGUGACCCCGUCCGUAACGCGAAGUACCACGGCGAAAUAUUCAUGAACUUGCCCUAAAGGAGUCACGGCUUACGACCUACCGUUGAAGGAUUCGAAUCGAAUGGACGGGCGUGUUCUCAAAGAGUAAGGAAAUAAUUUUGGAGAAUUGCUUGGGAGUUUGUGAUAAACUAACGUGGGAUUUUUUCACACAAGGUUCUUUCUUUUUAGCAGGCCACCACACAAUUCGCGACUCGUCCACGUACGCAGUGUGUACACCACAUAACCAGCCACCGCGAGAAAUCCAGACAGUGCCAUCUAUUUGAAAAACGGCCGCGGCUAGUAGCUUCGUCGUGCGAUUCACUGUGUGUCUUUGUUUGGCCAGAUUCCUCGAAAGCUGUUUUGUUGAACUACCAGCCGUUCGUUCCUCAACUUGACUGUUCCUUUGGUUUGUGAAAAACGACCCAUAGGAAUUGCUGAGGUGGUUUAUUUGUCUGCAACAUUUGAUGUAUGAUUGCUCCUGCAGAGAGGGAAGGAGAGAGGCUGCGUAUCUGCAGCUGUCACUUCUCAGGUGGAGAGAAGAAAGAGGGGGACGUCCCCGUACCUGACCCAGAGGUGGAUGAACCUAUCAAUAUUGACAUCAGUGCCGCAACAAACAACAGCAACAGUAAUCAUAGCUCGCCUUCGCGUUGCCUUAUGGAUAAACAGAAGCGGGCCGCCAAGCGCCAAAGAAUGUCCGUAGAGAGGAUCGUUGAAGGAAUCCGUCACCCUGCUACCACCGCUGCCUCCAUGCCUGCAGCCACCCCUGUGCAAGGUCGUCCGUUGGUGGCGCUGUUAGAUGGACGGGACUGUAGCGUUGAGAUGCCCAUCCUCAAGGAUGUGGCCACGGUGGCAUUCUGUGAUGCACAGUCUACCACAGAGAUACAUGAAAAGGUGCUAAAUGAAGCAGUAGGAGCCCUGCUCUACCACACAAUCACAUUGACAAGAGAAGAUCUUGAGAAGUUUAAAGCUCUCCGUAUCAUCGUCAGAAUCGGAUCUGGAUUCGACAAUGUGGACAUCAAAGCUGCAGGAGAAAUGGGUGUAGCAGUGUGUAAUGUCCCUGGGUAUGGUGUAGAGGAGGCCGCAGACUCCACACUGUGUAUGAUCUUGAAUCUGUAUAGACGAACUCAUUGGAUGGCUGAGAUGGUCAAACAGGGCAAGAAGCUUUCAGGUGCUGAACAGAUCAGGGAAGCCGGUGCAGGAGCUACAAGAAUUCGCAACGAGACUCUCGGGAUUAUAGGAAUGGGUCGUGUUGGUACAGCAGUAGCUAUGAGAGCAAAAGCCUUUGGAUUCAACCUACUUUUCUAUGACCCCUACUUGCAAGAUGGCAUGGAGAAAGCAUUUGGAUUAACCAGAGUCUACACACUACAGGAUCUGUUAUUCCAGAGUGACUGCGUGACACUUCAUUGUUCUCUCAACGAGCACAAUCAUCAUCUAAUAAACGAGUUCACCAUCAAACAGAUGCGUCAAGGAGCUUUCCUGGUCAAUACAUCACGCGGCGGUCUCAUCGAUGAGAAUGCCCUCGCUCAAGCACUCAAAGAAGGUCGCAUCCGAGCCGCGGCGCUUGACGUCCAUGAAACGGAGCCGUUUACAUUUACCUCAGGUCCUCUCAAGGAUGCUCCUAAUCUGAUCUGCACUCCACAUUGCUCUUGGUAUAGUGAGCAGAGUAGCACAGAGGUACGUGAGAGUGCAGCCGGUGAGAUCAGACGGGCUAUCACAGGACGCGUUCCUGGUAACCUACGCAAUUGUGUUAAUAAAGAAUACAUGAUUUCAUCCUCGUCUGGCGGCCAAUCAUGGUCAGAGCCUAAUAAUCCAUCUGAACUUAAUGGAUCAGUGUAUCGCUAUGCAGCACCUCCCGUUGUCGUACCUCAACCAGCUCCUCAGCUUGUCGCUGAAAACCACUCCAUGCCAAUGCCAAUGAAUGUAGUGUCCACACCUGUGGUCAGUAGCGGUCAUUCGGACACUAAGGCAGAACCUGAACAAUGAGAACCAUCAUGAGAGAGAGUGUGGCAAUCGGACCCUUCCAGUCAGUCAUCAUGCCUCAGUAAAUCAGAGAGGCAUUUAUGUGGUCUUACCAAGUAACCAAAAGAACUUGUGGAUUUGUCUUGUAUUCUGUGCCAAGGCAGUAUUUACAAUUUUAUGGAAAGAAAAUAAGAUCCUUGUAGAAAAAAAAACGUAGAAACAAGUAGGCCCAACACACGCACUCCGUAGAGCAACUCAUUAGAAAUAAAAAAUUGAAAUGAAACAAACUUUCUACCUACCACCGAAACAAUGAAUUGCAUAGAGAUACUGCUGUAUAAAUAUUAGCUGAGCAGUAUGUAGAAAUCUUGUCUUGUUUUGUCAGAGUGAUAUGUGUGCACACAAACCAACCCCCAGUUCACCUAUUUGUAAUGUAUGUGCAUGUUUAGUGGAAUUUGUGCCCAAAAGUUAUAUAUCUUCAAGAGGAAUAACAGAAUUUAUGAAAGCAAAUAUAUAUAUCAGUGAAAUCUGGAGACUGGAAUAAUACACUGAAAGCUAGUACGGUAAUCAGAGAAAGAGAGACGACAAUGGAUGAUAUUUGUACAAAGGAAAGUGGAUUGUCAUUUUGUACUUGGCUUGCUGACAUUAUGCAAAGGACAGCAACACAUGUACAAGGCAUCAAUUUUUUUUAAUUUGAAAUCUCCUACAUUUUGAGCUUUUCUUUCAACGUUCGCUUGUGUCUUCACAUUGGUUUGUUUCAUCUUUGAGUUUGGAAAUGCUGACUAACGGAGAACAGAAGACAUCACGCUUCAAUCGUCUGCGUGUAUUCUAUGAUUUAAUAUGAUGGUUGUUUCAAUAAUGUUCCUUUCUGUAAUUUUGUUCAUGCGCAUUAAUUAAGCUUCAUGUGGAUAUCAUUUUGAUGACUUUGUACAAUGUUGGCUGCAUUUCUCACACAAACUGCAGCAAAAAAUUAGUAGUUGUAGAAAUCAUUUAUCUGGAAGCCUAUGGAUCACAUAUUGUUUGUAUGAUUUUGUAAGGCUGCGUGUUGAGUUUUGUAUUUUAUAACAAGAAGAAUGUUGAAAUACUGGAGUGCUUGGUACUGGCACCUGGCUUCGUGAUGUAAUGUUUGAUGUACUUAAUGCAAAUGAUGGUUGAAGCUUGCUGCUCUAGUAAGAAAUGAUUCAUAUCCUUGUCUUCUUCAUUUGAUACACUGGUUUGGUGUUUUCCUUUAACAUUUCAUCUUCCAUCCCCUUUCAUAUAAUCAGAUUAACCUCUGGACAUCUAAACGUUUCUUUAAUGGUAGGAAUGAUAAACGAAUUGUAAACUGAUAAUCGUACAACUCAUUGAUUAAUUACCAGUUAUUAGAAAGUCUGAUAUAGAAAAAGUUUUUGCCUUUUUUGUCAUUAGGUGUAAACAAUUGGAGCACCAAUUUCAAAAGGAUGUAUGACUUUAUGUAUCAAAUAUUGGCUCGGUCCUUAAUCUCUGUAGGCAGACUUCAUUUUGUUUCCUCCUAUUCUGUUCUCUCUUCUAUUCCUUUCUUGUCUGUUUCAUAUAUUCAUGUUCCAGAAGUUCUAAUAGACAUACAGGUUAUUAAUAGGAAACUGAGUAAACUAGAAAGUUCAAUGAUUAUUCAUUUUCACAGAACAAAACAUGUAUGAUGUCCAGAGGUCAUGUGACCAAAAGAAAUGUCACAUGACCAAGUUGAAUUGUGGAGACCUUGGAUUGUAUCUCUUGCCAUUACUAGAAAGCAAUUGGUUGGAUAAAAAGAACACCAUUCACAUUUGCAUGAAUAUUGCCAUCUGCAAUUGUAUCAUGUAUAUCAUAAUCAUUGCACUGCCACUACUUGGUUUUUAGAAUAUCGGUUGAUCUAUGUUACAGUUUAUUUUUGUUUUAAUUAUCUUUAUUAUUAUUUGUGUGUUUGUAAGCUUUUAAGGUUGAUGGUUCCAUGAUACCAAAUCCUAAUGAGUUAUGUUACAGCUCUAUUGUAACAUGAAUUGUAAAAUCAUACUAUUGAUACAUGUACAGGGGAAACGAGUAAAACAAGAUCCAUUAGAAUUUGUGUUCAAUCUUGUAUAAAAUCUUAGAAGAUAGAUACUCAUAGAUUGUUCUGAAAAAAAUGCUGGUUUUUUAAACUUCUUCAUAUUGUUUUAGCUCAUUUUUGUGAGAACGGAUUGAAUGGCCUGAAUAUAAAGAGAAAGCUUGAAAACUAUAAUAUUAAUCAGAUUGAAUCAGAACGUACUGUUAAGAUUCUACCAACAGAAGAUCCAAAUUAUGAUAUUGAUUGCUGCAAUCAAUAGAUCCUGAAAUUCUUUUUCAUGAGAAGUUCAUGUGGUUUGCAGUCAUAAAUUUGGUUGGACUGAUUUUUUUUUUUUUUUUUUUUUGGGGGGGGGGGGGGGGGGAGGGGGUUGUGAUCGGUAUGUGACAUGCAUCAUGUGUAUGAUACAAAGCAAACAUAGAAUGUAGCUUUCUGAAUGAGUGAUCUCUCACUAUCAAGGUCAAUGACCUCAAUCUAGAAGGGUGAAUGAACUUUUCAUAGGGUCGGUCUGAAUGUAGGUCACUAAUAUUGUUUUGAGUAUGUGUAAACAUGGGUUGGAGUUUAAUGUUGUAAUCUUAAUAUUGUAAACAAGCUUUGUGACCGAAAGAAUGUUAUUUCAGAGCUUGUGAUCUUCUCCUCUUCUUCUUUCAUACGAGGUAUCAAAAGAGCAAAUCCAUCUAUUUGUUAAGCUCUCUUGUUGUUGUUCACCUAAUAGAAGUCAGUUAACAGGGGUAACCAUGUGGAGGAUCGCAAACUUGAACCCUGUUUACAUUUCAAAUUCUCUUUGAGUUGAUUGUACUAGAUACCAUUCAUAAGUUAACAGGUAACCCUUAGCUGUGGGUAUAAUCUACUGUAAUAAAGCUAUUGUCAAGCUUCUCAAAUCAAGGCUAUUGAAGACAUGAUUUCAAAUUAGAGUUUGUUUUUACCAAUGAAUGUUUGAUUAGUGCUGUACUGCAAGCCUCCCAUUGAUUUAAGAAGAAAGAAUUUAAAGUACAUCUAUAAACAGUGGGAACUGAUUUAUAGAAUAAGCAUGCGAGUUGAAAUGGGAUCAUGUAGUUAUUUUAUAUUAUUUUAUUGUUUUUGUUUUUAUUUGUGUGAUUUGCUUCUUUUUAAAACGUUUUUAUGCAAUCCAUAUCAUUCAAUUUGUCUGUAAGCACUUGUUCAACAUUUAGUUGCAUAUGGUGUGUUUGAUAAGUGAUUACACUUAAUAGCUAUGAGACUUGACUUGUCUCUCUUAUUGAUGCCUUAUUCAAAUCAUUCUACAAAGAAAGCUUUAGAUUACAUUCUUUUUGUAGAUUAGAAUUUUAUCUGCAAAUUAUUGCACCAAAACUUUGUAAACAGUUGCUUGUUGCUCAUCAUAUUGUAUACUUUGUAAAUUUACAAUUGUUUUGUACUGAAAAUGUUAAAGAUAUUUGUCCCUAAAAGUGAAUAUUUUUAGGUGGCUGGUCGUAUUAAAGCUCUGUAAUUGACUUGGGUGCAGAGUUGAAGGAUACAUUGCUGUUGUCUUAUUUUAUUCCACCCAUUAUUUGGUUCCAAGCAGAAGUGGAUUUAGAAGAGAAGAAUAAACGCAUGUAUCAAAACUCUCUCAGGUAUCACAGUAUCAAAUAGUCUUUUGAAAGAAAACAAAAUCUUCCAUUGGGUUGGUAACAAUUUAACUUUCUUUCUUCUUAAUUUUCAUUGUUUUUAUGCGAGGCAUUUUCAUAAUUGAUAUCAAAGCCUCAUGGCAAUGAAUUUGGAGAUGUAAAAGCUAAUCCCAAAAUGAAUUGCUAAUUUCACAUUUUAAGUUAAGUUCUUUGAACUGUAUUUGAAAAAAAAGAUGCAGGUAAAGUGGUUUAUAUUACUGAUUUUCUUUUACUCUCUUCUUAAAUUUUGGUUGUCAAUUUUGGAAUUGACAAUCUGUUUUUACCAUGGAGUAUUCAAAUGUUGUACAUGUCAUUUUUUCCUGGAAAUUCUGUUUGACUUUUUUUUUAUGUAGACCAUCCUUAUUUUUGUAGCAUAUGUCCUCGCCAUACCGUUCACACAGGCACCUUUACAAUAAAUUGAAAACAAUGAGUGUCGGCCAUGUUAAUAA